UCCCCCACGCGAGACCUCCAAAAAAAAAAAAAAAAAUCCCGAUGACAACAGGCACCUUCCAGAGAUCGGAUAAAAAGAAAGGGCUUCUGCGCUCGCCGCGGUCCCCCGCUCUUCCGGCGGCCUGCCCGGAGGCUCCCAGCGGCCACCCCAGCCCGGGGACGCAGGCGGCGACGUGCCCCCUGCCGCCAGGCUCCGGCAGCUCCGCGCGCCAGUGAGAGGCGGCCCCCGGCGGCGCGGCGCGGGCUCGGCGGCUCCCGGCUAGCGCGCAGAACCUUCCACCCGGCCGGCGCCCCGGAGAGGGGUCGGGGCCGCGGGGACCUGCGCGGGGACGCCCGGCGACGCGGGGCGCGCGCUUUCUCUUUUCUUCUGCCUGCCCCGGCCGCUCGGCUGCCCGGACUUGUGGCUCCGCUCCUUUCGUCCUUGCCCCCACCCCCCUCGCAGCCGGCUCCCCCACCCCGCCCCGUUUCUUCCCCCACUUGUGUAAGCUAUUUGUUGGGGGGUGGCCGAAAGGGAUGUCCUGUUUUCACCAGAGACACGGCGUGGAGGGGAAACUUAGACACUGGAGGGAACGAGAGUAAAUACCCAGCUUGGACCUGAGGAUCGGGGACGGACAAUUAAACUUCUGGAGCCCGAGGAGGUCCAGGCCGCCCGAGAUAGUUGACUUUGAGUUCCACGGAAGCUGCUUCUGCGUGGGAGUGGCAAGAGAAGUGAGGGAGCCACAUGGAAGACACCCAGGACCUAAAUGAGCAAUCAGUAAAGAAAACGUGCCCAGAAUCAGAUGUUUCAGAGCCUCGGAAUUCCAGGUCUAUGGACAUGCAAGACCUAGCAAGUCCUCAUGCCUUGGUUGGAGGCAGUGAUGCACCCGGAAGCUCUAAGCUGGAUAAGUCCAGUCUCAACAACACUUCCGUCACAACCAAUGGGACAGGAGCGUCUCUUCUUGCAGUCAAAACUGAGCCCUUGAACAGCAGUGAGACCACAACCACGACUGGAGAUGGAACGCUUGACACUUUUACUGGGUCAGUAAUAACAAGUAGCGGCUACAGCCCCAGAUCGGCACAUCAGUACUCCGCACAGCUGUACCCCUCCAAGCCCUAUCCACACAUUCUUUCUACACCAGCAGCUCAAACAAUGUCGGCCUACGCAGGCCAGACUCAGUAUUCUGGGAUGCAGCAGCCAGCCGUCUACACAGCUUACUCGCAGACAGGCCAGCCCUACAGUCUGCCUGCUUACGAUCUUGGUGUGAUGUUGCCAGCCAUCAAGACAGAGAGUGGGCUUCCCCAAACUCAGUCCCCGUUACAAAGUGGCUGCCUCAGUUACAGCCCCGGGUUCUCUACCCCACAGCCGGGCCAGACACCUUAUUCUUACCAAAUGCCAGGCUCCAGUUUUGCACCAUCUUCUACUAUUUAUGCAAAUAAUUCCGUUUCCAAUUCAACAAAUUUCAGUGGCUCACAGCAGGAAUACCCAUCCUACACAGCCUUUGGCCAAAACCAAUAUGCUCAGUAUUACUCAGCGUCAACCUACGGGGCAUAUAUGCCGUCAAGCAGCACAGCUGAUGGCUCAUCAUCAUCAGCCUCAACUUACCAGCUGCAGGAAUCUCUCCCAGGACUGACUAGCCAACCAGGAGAGUUUGACACGGUACAGAGUCCCUCCACACCAAUCAAAGAUCUUGAUGACAGAACAUGUAGAAGUUCUGGGUCAAAGUCUCGAGGAAGAGGCCGGAAAAACAAUCCUUCCCCACCUCCAGACAGCGACCUAGAGCGUGUGUUUGUCUGGGACUUGGAUGAAACCAUCAUCGUCUUCCAUUCUCUCCUCACGGGUUCUUAUGCACAGAAGUACGGCAAGGAUCCCCCAAUGGCUGUGACACUCGGGCUCCGGAUGGAGGAAAUGAUCUUCAAUCUUGCUGAUACACAUUUGUUUUUUAAUGACUUAGAGGAGUGUGAUCAAGUUCAUAUAGAUGAUGUUUCCUCAGACGACAAUGGUCAGGACUUAAGUACCUACAGUUUUGCAACUGAUGGCUUCCAUGCAGCUGCAAGUAGUGCGAACCUUUGUUUGCCAACAGGUGUGAGAGGAGGAGUGGACUGGAUGAGGAAGUUGGCUUUUCGCUACAGAAGAGUAAAGGAAUUAUACAACACCUACAAGAACAAUGUAGGAGGACUCCUUGGCCCUGCCAAGAGGGAUGCAUGGCUGCAGUUAAGAGCAGAGAUAGAAGGCCUAACGGAUUCCUGGCUAACGAAUGCACUUAAGUCUUUAUCAAUCAUUAGUACGAGGAGUAACUGUGUAAAUGUCUUGGUAACGACGACCCAGCUGAUUCCUGCUCUGGCGAAGGUCCUGCUCUACAGCUUAGGAGGUGCUUUCCCCAUUGAGAAUAUUUACAGUGCAACAAAAAUAGGCAAGGAAAGCUGUUUUGAGCGUAUAGUGUCCAGAUUUGGCACUAACAUAACUUAUGUUGUGAUUGGAGAUGGCCGAGAUGAGGAGCAUGCUGCCAACCAGCACAACAUGCCUUUUUGGAGAAUAUCCAGCCACUCGGACCUCUUGGCUCUACACCAAGCACUGGAAUUAGAGUAUUUGUAACUGUCUUCUCUAGCUGGGGAUCCAUUUUUUUUUUAUAUUUCAAGUACACUGAAUUUGUAAUGUGUGAUCCAGUGCCGCUGGCUUCUUCUGCACAUAUAAAUGGUCUUAAAGGAUGAAAUCAUACUUGGAAUGAAAACUCCAGAGUGAAGAAUUCAGGUUGCUGAAUGGAAUUAAAACUUUAGUGCUACAGAAAGGAAACUCUAUGGUCUUACUAUCUUUACAACACUUUCAUGGUUUUUUUUUUUUUUAAAAAAAAAAAAAAUCUGUGGAGGUUGCUGACACACACCAAGUGAGUCCUAACUGGAAUUAACAGCUUUAGUAAACAACGUGAGCCCGCCCGAGCCACGGCACCUGUUCUGCCUCCGACAAGGUGGUCGAAAACAUUCCUCAAAAUGGGAGCUCUUCUCAACCCUGAGGUUUGAAUCUGACUUUCAGCCUACCUAGCCCAGAAAAUCUGAAUCGGAAUGCACUCAGACUGUAUAUGACAGUCCUAUCUAGACCUGUAAUUUGUGUAAAUUAUUGAUGAAAAUAAUUUACUGUGACUUUAUUAGCAGCUGACUCUGAAAGCGGAUGCAGUUUUUCUUUUAUUUGUUGGGGCGGGACGAGGGCCGGGGAAAUGGGAAUAGAAUAUUGUCUCUUUUUUAAGUUUGGCAAAGAGAAUGUUCAUAUUGAUGUGCUGUGCCUUAAAGACGAGACAGCGUUUGUGUGUUACAAUGUAACUUUGGCUAAAAUCUCUGUAGAUAAUGAAACAAAACAGAGCAAUCAAACCAAAAAGAAAACCUUGUUGAUAAGUCUUCACAUGACCAAAUUUAAAAUUCAAGCUAUCGGUUUAAUACCAAAUUGUCAACAAAGUGAGGAUUUGUUAAAAAUGAGAAACCAAUAACAAUCAUAGUACAAGAAAGCUUGCAUUUUAUUUGGGUUCUGAAUAAUUCCAGUAAUCAGUGUGAGUCAACUAUCUGAACAUCCAAUCAGAAGCAGAAGGUGUAGGAGACUGUGGGUUCUUUAUUUAGAAAGAGAAAUAUAUAUUGAAGUCUCACGUAUCUGUUCUUACAGUUUUCCUGAAGAAAACUAAGAGCCAUAUUCAUGUCAACUUACCCAAUUUUAGUUUACGUCUGGAUAUGUGUCAGUUGCUUAGAGGACGGUAUCGUGGUGCAAAUCAUUGGCAAAUAACAUCCAAGUCAUUUUUAGAAUGUGCUAUGGGUGUAGCUUAAAAUGCACAUGAGUAGACACAAAAAAGUACAUUUGUCUUCCAUGCCAUUGCAAAAGUGAGUGUCAUCAGUGAUAGAAGGCAGGUAUACAGGGAAGUUCCCAAAGGAAAAAGCCUAAAUCUAUGAAUUUUUUUAAUAUAAUGUCAUCACAGAUUAAUUAUCAAACAACCUAGACCUUGACAGUUAUCAUAAGAUCACAAUACCAAUCUCCUUGGAACACAUCAGUCCAGGAUCUCCCCAUUACAGGCAGGAAUACAUUGGUUUCCUCCUGUAUGGUUGCUGAACAAUGCCUGCAUUCAUUGCGGGGAGAGCCUGUCAUCGUUGUGUCUGCAUGUCGUCUUGUUUUGCUUGUGUGUAGCCCGUAUUGGUAACACGAUACAGAUUCUCUUCUCAUUUGCUAUGACAUGGUUUUGCCUUGUGGAAAUUUAAGACUUCAAGGAGUAAAAUAUUUUAAUGGUAUGAGCUCUGAAGCUCUCUGCAUUCAGAAUGGCAUUAGAUGGACCAUAGAGCCCAGUCCACUUGUUUGUCAAAGCCCCUUGUCGGAGGCUGGUUCAUAGUAGGUCCUCACCUGAGACUUUGCAACUUACAUAAGUCCGACAAUGAACAGUCUGGAGGACUGUAUUUCUUUAGAGAAUGUUAUGGCCAUGUUUACAAAGGGUAGAAAGAAAAUGAGAUCAUUCUGCAUAAGGCAGGUACUUCCUAUAUAAUCCCUACUUUUCAAAUGUUGUGACUUUUUGUUACCCUUCCCCCAGUGCUAUAGUGACGAAUUAUAAUCAAGAUGUUUUAACCCUAGUAAUAUUAAUAAUGAUUUUACACUUCUGCUGGUCUUCAGCUUGAAAGUGGUUAAGAAAUCAAAGACUUUCUUGCUUAUUGCCAGUACUCAUGUGUGUGCGCGUAAACCUUAAAUAUUUAUUAUCUGACUGAAAUGAAGUUAGUUUGGCACAUGGCCAGCUCCUUUCCUUGAUGGCCCUGCCUCAGAAGUUGUCAUUCUUUUUGAAAUCUGAUGAGCAUGGCUUCCCACACUUGCUCCACUUGAGGGUCAGGCAGGCUCCCCUUUUCCAAACGCACAGGGACUGGCUGCUGGCACCCUCCCUGUUAUUUCCCAUAAGUCCUUUUCUUUCCCCUGUGUGCCUGGCCAGGAGAGGCAGUGGUGUAACACCUACAGGUGCUGCUGAUAGGGAGAAGAUUCAGGCAGCACAGCACUGGUGACAGCCAGAAAGCUACGGGCCCCGUCUGGUCGUGCUCAAACUACAGCUCUUCCCUUCCCACCCUACGACAGGACAAACCCUCUUCCUUUCCAAAAACACAACAUCAGCCAAACAGCAAUAAAGAAAACCAGCCUCAUGGGCAGUUCCUCCAUUCUAUUUUUUAUGUAGAAUAUUGUGCCUUAUUGCAAAUGAGUUAGAAAACUGUUCUCCAACUCAAAUGGGUUUUGGGCUAUUACAUAUUCAAGCUUGGUAUGAUAUUAGAAAAAAAAACUGCCUUAUAUUGCACCUUAAAAAUAUCAAGACCCUAUAACUAAUGAAAUAGGUGGCCUGACUAUAAUAUUAUAGCAUACAUCUAAGAUGAUAAAAAAAAACUGAAGAAAUAUGUAAAUCCAAUGCAGAGAUAAAAAUAAGAUUUUAAGAUUGUAUGGUCUGUGCACAAAAAUAGGUACUGUCUGGUGAGCUAAGAUCAAACUAGCUUCAACAGCAUGCCCUACUGUGAAGUUUUUAUAAAGCCUGCUCAUUUGUGACAAGCCUACAUUCUCGGUGGAUAUGGUGUUUAGUGUUUAUUUUCCACACAAACCUAAGCCUCAUGAGCCAAAGCUGCAUCUUCACUCCCAGCUAUGGUGGUGUUAUGGGGAUCUCACAGUCAAAGUCAAAGGUUUCUGUUAUGUAUUAGUAAAGGAUAGAUUAUCGGGGCCUACAUAAUUUAAAUAAAUGUAAAUUAAUAUUAAAAGCUUGUAAAAAUAUGUACAUCUUUACUAUUUCUCAAUAAAUACCUUUGCAACUGU